GUCAGGGUAGGCUACCGAAAUGGGAUGAUUGGUUAGCGUUUGAUAAGUCUGUGGAGUAGGCCCUCUGUAAAUAACCCACGAGGUUGGGGCAAUUUCUAUCGAACGGCGCAUAGCGCGCCCUAUCCUGGGGGCCUACCGCGAAAACCGAAAUUCGCAAAUUGUGGAGAUCUUUCUCUUUUACUCUCACUAAGACGUAAUUAGAGUGACAGAGAAAAAUGCCCGUUAUUGACUAACUUCGAUUUUCGCGGUUAUAGCCCAGGAUUACACAGUAUUUUACUUUAAGUUCAGUUUGGAAGAUUCGUUGAAAUAACAUCUUAACGCGAAACCUAUAGGUAGUUUGUUAGAAUGGUACCUAUGCUAUGAUCUAUAAUACUUAUACCAGACUUUUCCGAGUCUAGAUCGAGUAGAGUCUAUAUGAGCUCAAUGAGUAACAGAAAUAAGAUCGCCAGAGCGAACACAUUCUAUCAUCGUUCAUCUAAAAAUACACCUCAGCGUUAUUUUGAUCAUUCAUGUUUCUGUUCCUUUCAGUUUUAUUCGUAAAAACACCAACUGUUGGGAAGUGAUUUGAGUGUAUUAUAUAUUAUAAUUUAAUUUUUAUAACACAACCUGUUCUAUAGUUAUAUGAAAUAAGUCUAGGCGCUAAUAAAGGUCAAUGACAAUGUCGAGAUACAAACAACCGAAACCGCUUGAAAGCUUAGCGUUGAGCAGGCUUGGUGACUGGAUUGCAGUACAGGCGGAGCUUCUUAUGGCGCCCAUUUCAACACAAGCUCAGCGGGACACUACCAUUGCUCAAAUAUCACUAUCGCGCCACAUCGACAGUAUUCGUAAUUACAUUGAUUACAAUGUUCCAUGGAUGGUUCAUGAUUUGCUGGUAACUGAAGUUAUAAGAGCACUGUCAACGCUAUUGGAAAACACUAAGAAGGCACACUUCCGAGGAUCUAUGGGAAAGUUUGUCAGUGAAAUGAAUGUCAUUGUGAGAAUGGUCGAGACUUUGUUUACAAGAAAUUUGACUUAUGUUUCUAUCGAUAUCAUACCAAAAAUGAUGCGUAGCGUUUUCUAUUCAAAAUUACAAAUGCUCUCAGGUCUAGUUUAUCUGAACCUGGGGUCUCUCUCUGGAGGCUGGAAAACAGCCGACAUGGAAGGAUCCAUAAUUGAAGCGCUCAAAGAACUUCAUAAUCUUAAAUACUUGACAAUAAAUUAUGAUUGCACUGAUAAUAUCUUACAAUGUAUAAUACAAAAUUGUAAAAAAAUCGAAAAGUUGGAUGUAUCUAGUUCCAAAUGCGUGACAAAUGAAAGUAUUAACAUCUUAGCUAAAUUACUAACCCUAAAAGCUAUACAGUUAUACAGGACAUCUGUAACAUAUGAAGGCUUUGCAAGAUUACUUGUUAAAAGUAAAAAUCUGGAGGACAUUGGACGCUGUGACGAUAUUGGUAAAGUUUUAGAAUACAUUGAUUUGACAACUUCUUCUGCUAGACCAUUAAAGUUGAAAACAUAUGUUAGUCGAUAUGCACCGGCAAACCACUUGCAGUUAGCAGUAGAUAUGUGUCCGGCUAUACGAAGCAUGACUGUCUUCCACAAUGCUGUGCAUGGGGAUUUAAUGAUGCUCAUAGGUCUUAAGGACCUUUGUGAGCUUAAAUUACUGUCGUGUGAUUUCUACGGGGAUCAAGUAAAACAGAUACUUCAAGUUAAGGGCUGUAACAUCAUACAUUUACACCUUGAACACGUGGAUCAAAUAGAUUUAAAUGCUUUAAUGUAUAUCAGCCAGAUGUGUCCUCUUCUAGAACAUUUAACUCUCUAUAAUUGUACAUUGAUACAACAUACGUCGUUAUAUACAAAAAAGUUAGAGUUAUUGCCAUUCCGAAAUUUAAAAAAGUUUACUUGUGUGGCUACUUGCAAUGAUGAUCAAUUGUCUUUUGUUCUCACUAAUUGCUUAAAUGUAGAAUAUAUUCAUUUAGGUACCGCCGUUAAUAUAACAGAUGAAUUUGUAUUCAAACUUUUGGAUAAAAAUCCCCUGAUUCAUUUAAAAGAAUUUCGGAUCAUGCAUUCCGACUUUUUAACUAUAGUAUCGAUUGAAAGGAUUAUUCAGAGUUGUAUGAGCCUACGAAUACUAGUAGAGUUGGAAAGUUGGACUUCACUAACAGAGAGUGACCGAGAAUAUGUUAGAAAUUAUAUUAAAGUUAGUAAUUUCAAUAUCGACAUGGCCCCUAUUAGAAGAUAUGAGGUACUGAACAACUAAAAUUUACGGGUUAUUCCCACUAGUUACCACCAACUCGGUUUGAAGGUAACUACUGGUUUUUUUUUUCCAGUAAUUACCACCAAAAUCUUGUUAGAGUUCAAUACUAAUAAAACAGUAGAAAAUAGUAUAGUAUAAAUAUAAAGCACUUUAAUAAAUAAUUAUAAGUCGAUUAGUGUUACAGUAAACUGCCUUAAAAGUGAUCAAAAAUUUUAAAACCGGUGCAAGUGCAUAAAAUAAAUAGUAAAAAA